GGUGAUCACAGUGACUGUAGGUGAACCACUAAUAACUCAAUGAUUCUGCUGCCAGACAGACUGGAUGGAGACUGUUGGCAGAGACUAGACAUAAAGCACUCCCAGGAGAAAGUGGCAGCAAUGAGCCGACACGGUUACAGUGGGGCUUCUUCAUCCGUUCAUUUCUCUUCAAGGAUAAUAGACAAUGGAUGCUCACCCGCAGAUCUAACACAGGAGGAUGUAGAUAAUCUGCGUUUUGAACUUGCAAAGGUCGACGAUGAAAUCCACACCUUGAGGCAGGUGCUUUUGACUAAAGAAAACUAUGCAGCAGACAUCAGGAGGCAGCUGGGCAUUAGUCCUCUCAGCAACAUCAAACAGAACCUGUCCAAAGGCUGGCAUGAAGUCCAGACCUCAGCACCAUAUCUCUCAGCCUCCGCCACCCUGGAUGACAUCAGCCACUCCAACGUAUACGUGAGGACACGGGACAGUCUCUCUCAUGCAGGCCAUGUGACAUCUGCUGCCCUGUCCUCUAUGGGGGUGGCCAUCACCAGGAGACUGGCAGAGAUGAGACGCUGGUGUGACGUUGCUCAUGUGUCUGUUUUUAUCUUCCUGCUGCCAACUCCACAGAGCUCUGCCUCUUCCAAGCCCACCACGCCACACCAUCAGUGUCCCGACUAUGAGACAUUCCAAUACAUUCAAAUCUUUUGAGGAAAUGGCUGGCAAUGUGAAGGAUAAGAUGACUGGCAGUCUGACAAAUAACGGAGACACCGCUGGGUUUGAAAGAAGAUCUGCACGGCACACCACAUGAGAUGAACCUGUGUGACAUCCCACAGAGAAUUAUUUUCAUAUCUCCCGUGUCUGUGUGAACACCGUAUGUCCACUGUUAUUUCUGACUGCUAAUUAAUACAGAGUGACAAAUAGAAUGUAUUAUGUUUGUAAUGUAAACUUAUUUUGACAGUCCAUGUAAAGAUACUAUUUUAAUUUGUAAUUCUCAGUAUGUUUCAUAAAUGUAAUUUAUUUUUAAGUGUGAGAGCAGGAAAUUUAUCUUCUGAAGUCAGCAGUAUUACCUAAAGUAUUUUUGUAAGUUACAAAUUUUCAAGUAAAAUCAAUACAAUGGUG